AUGCCCAACUCGACCUCUGUGACCGAGUUCCUCCUCCUGGGCUUCUCUGACACUCGGGAGCUGCAGAUCUUACACUUUGUCAUCUUUCUAGCGACAUAUUUGGCAGCCCUGGUGGGGAACCUGCUUGUUAUCCUUGUUGUAGCUACGGACCACCACCUCCACAGACCUAUGUACUACUUCUUGGCAAAUUUGUCCAUCCUUGACCUUGGAUCCACCUCCGUCAUUGUCCCCAAGUCCAUGGCCAAUUCUCUCUUAAACAGCAGGACGAUCUCCUAUUGUGGGUGUAUAGCCCAGGUUUUUCUCUUCUUCCUCUUUUGUGCAGCUGAUCUCGCAUUCCUCACCAUCAUGGCAUAUGACCGGUACAUUGCCAUCUGCAAGCCACUGCAUUACGAGUCAAUAAUGAACAAAAAAGCUUGUAUUCAAAUGGCUGCUGGUGCAUGGGUCAGUUGUAUUUUCUAUUCUGCACUGCAUACUGGGGGCACAUUCAGCAUACCCUUCUGCCGUUCCAACAUUAUCAACCAAUUUUUUUGUGAAAUCCCCCAGCUCCUCAAGCUGUCUUGCUCCGAUGCAUACCUCACAGAACUGGGGAUUCUUGUAUUUAGCAUGUGUUUAGUUUCCAGCUGCUUUGUUUUUAUCAUUGUCUCGUAUGUUCAGAUCUUACCUACAGUGCUGAGAUUGCCCUCUGAAGAGAGUCGCAAUAAAGCCUUCUCCACCUGCCUGCCUCACCUCAUUGUGGUCUCCUUGUUUGUGACCACAGGCAUCUUUGCCCACAUGAAACUGGCUUUGAGCUCCCCGACAGCGCUGGAUCUUUUUGUGGCAGUUUUGUAUUCUGUGGUUCCUCCAGUGAUUAAUCCAAUCAUUUAUAGCAUAAGGAACAAGGAGCUGAAAGCGUCUUUAUGGAAACUGCUCCAUAGGAGGGUAUUCGACAAUAAAAACAAAAUCACGCAGAACCUGUUUACUCAACACUGA